AUUGCCUUCACUACCCAAUCCUAUAAAUUCUUCUCUUUUUCCCCAAUCCUGUAGCUUCAUUGCACCACUUCCACCUUCCUUGUUCAUUCCCUCAUUCCAAUUCCAAUUCCAGUUCCCGCUCUCCUUAAUUCUUGGUUCAGGUUUCUUGGUUUCUUGUUGCUUCUUGUGUUUCUUUGUGUCGAUCAAAUUUUGUUAUGGGUUUUCAGGUUGUCUAUUAUUAAUUCCUGUACCAGAUUUGAUACGUGUUCAUUAUUAAAAACAAGGAGAGUUGUUUGUUUUGACCGGUUUCUCUUAAUUCUCUGCUGAAUGGAGCUUACUCAAAAUCAUGUCCAUUUCAGUUGCGUCAGAGACCUGAAGCGGUGGCUUUAGAGCUGAAGAUCAACAAUUGCAGAGCACAGAAUCCACCCCUAAAAACAUAGACACAGAGUAGAGAAUCACCAUGUCUUCUUCAACCUCUGUGGGUAGCUCCCAAGAUCAAGAAUCCGAUCUUUCUGAUUUGGAAAGCAGCUUUUGUCGUCCCAGCAGUUUUAGAUUUAAUGAAUCCGCGACGUCUGGGGAAGGAUUGGUGCAGUUAUUCCAGGGCCAGAGGCCCUAUGAUCUUCUUACCGAAAGGUUUCUCUCCGGUUUGGGUCCUCCUCCUCUCCGCACCAAUACCGAGGUGUUGGCAGUAUACCAGAAUAAGUACUCUGAUAUUCGCGGGCAAGGGAUGAUGCAAAACUUUGGGAUUUGUAAGAAAACAAUGGAGCAGAAGCAUGGGGGCAAUGCCAAUGUCAACUUCGCUUGGUGCUCCGUAAGUAAAGAUGAGAUACCCAAGAUUAUUCAGUAUGGAUUCAGUUGCAGUAUGCCCAAGAACGAUGGGUCCUAUGGCCAUGGUGUCUAUCUUACCCCUGCUAAUUCUUCCCUGCUGGAAUGUGUGAAGAAGGCGGCUGUUGAUGAAGAUGGGUUGCGGCAUGUGUUCCUAUGCCGUGUCAUAUUAGGGAAGACAGAAGUUAUUCAACCUGGUACGCAGCAGUGUUGUCCAAGUUCCAAGGAGUUUGAUUCUGGGGUAGACAAUUUAUGGUCGCCUAACAAGUAUAUUGUAUGGAGCACCCAUAUGAAUGCGCAUAUCUUGCCUGACUUCCUCUUGAGUUUCAGAGCACCCUGUUGCUUAGAAGGGUUCCUCACGCCUCAAGUUCACCAGAAGAUGCCAACAUCACCCUGGCUACCAUUUCCAGCUCUUUUGUCCGCGCUUUCAAAGUUCUUGCCGCCAUCUGACCUUGCUUCGUUGACCAAGUAUCACAGAGAACUCAGGGAGAAGAGAAUAACACGGCAUCAAAUGAUACAGCGCGUGAGACAACUUGCCGGAGACAAAUUAUUGGUUUCAGUCAUCAAAUCUUUAGGGGCUAAGCCUAAGGUACCAACAAAAUAGAGAGGAAGUGUUUGUUUUUUUUUUUUUGGUUAAAUGUUAAAUUUGAUCCCUCAACUUUAUAGAGUUGCAUUUUUUUUUGAUCCCUCAACAAUUUUUUACACCUUUUUUAUCCUUCAACUCUAAAAAAUAUACAACAUUAGUUCUUUCGUCAAUUUGAGUCUUUAAGUUUGCUCAUGUGACAUUUUUUAUAUUUUGUUUGAUGACAUGGAUAGCAAGGUUGGGUUCGAGCAACCAGUAAAACUGAAUUUUGGUGAAUCCAAUAGUUGUGUUCAUCUUGCUUGAACCCAGAUCUAUGAGGUUGUAUUAUCCAUGUUAUCAAACAAAAUAUGAAUAAUGCCACAUGAGCGGACUUAACGAUUCAAAUUGACAGGAGAACUAACGUUAUGCAUUUCUUAGAGUUAAGGGAUCAAAAAAAUAUAAAAAAUUAUUGAAUGAUCAAAAAAUAUAACUUUAUAAAAUUGAGAAACCAAAUUUAACAUUUAACUUCUUUUUUUACUAAACCCCAUUAUCCCAACUCAACAUCAAACUCUACGAGAAAAAAACUCUUCUAAUAUCUAUUUCUCUAUUUAUAAAACUUAAAAUCAAAACCUUAAUUAAGAGUGACAGAACUCUUUUUAUUCGGAUCAAUAAGUUGUUGGUGAGAAGAAGUAUUUGUAUAUAUACAUAGUUGUCAUGUUUUACGGAAUCACCAGUUUAGGCUUAUAGUUAAUCAGCCUGGAAGAAAUAGCGAGUCUUGGUUACAUUACAAUCAAAUUUAGGCCUUUUCUUUUCCCUCUAUAACUAGAUGGGAUUUGUUAUUGACCGUGCAUCUGAUUUGCUGAAAGCAAUGUUUCAAGCUUGCUCGAGCCGCUGAACAACCGAGUGUGUGGUGUCCUUUCACUAUUUCGACCUCUCUUUUGUUCUUGUAUUUGAAGUAUAUAAUGAAAAUUACGUGUUGUGACAUGGUACCCCAAACGCCAGCUAAAAUGCUUACCUCUUUUUGUACCAAUACCUGGUAU